AUGAAUUAGAAUUCUCAAACUUCUUAAAUUAGAUAUUAAAAUGUAAGACUAAUGUAAAUUACUACUGCAUUUUUUGAAUAUUCAGCUAUUUAUAAAAAUAGCAAGAGAGAGGUAAGAUUAAGAAUAUAAAACUCUUUAAAUUAAAAUAUAUUGCAAGAAGAAACCGUUAAAUUGUUACAUAUGUAAGAUAUUGAAGGUAUUCCAGAAGUGAUUGAUUAUGGGAAUAAUAGUGAUUAAAGGUAUUUGAGUAUUUAAAUAUAGAUAUUUUUUGGCUACUUAAAAUUUAGGUCCUUCAUUAAGUUAGAUUCUUUAGAUAAAUGAAUAGAUGUCGUAAAAAAGCAUAUUAUUGAUUGGCAUCUAAUUGAUAAAAUUAAUAUAGAAAGUUCAUGAUAAAAAUUAUAUUUUGUGCAACUUCUCACCCUGUUAAUUUUGUAUAGGUGAAGAUAAAUUAAUAUAUUUGAAAGACUUAUCAUAUUUAUAAAGUAAUCAUAGGCAAAAUAAAACUUUAACUUUACCAAUUAGAGAUGUUAAUUUUUUAAGUCCAAUGCUAAAUCUUAAAAAAGAUCCUAAUUAUAUUGAUGAUUUGUAUAGCUUAGCUUACUUAUUAAUAUACCUAAAUAAUAGUAAUUAAUAUAUUUAUUAUUAAUAGAAACUUUGCCUUGGCAAUAAUUUGAUCAGAUAACAAAUGAAAAAUAAUUUUAAGAAUUGUAAAACAAUAAAUUAUUAAUUACAUUUGAUAAAUAAUUUUUGGAUUAAGAAUCUUCAAUUUUAGGUGAAUGGAUUAAGUAUUUAAAGACAUUAAAAUAAAGUUAACAUCCUAAUUAUAAUUAUUUAAAAAAUAUUCUAGUAUCUAAAAUUUAUGAUAAUGGAUGGAAAGUUUAUGAUUAAAUUGAAUAUAGAUCUGAUUUCACGAACAAUAGCUCAAAAUCUAUUAUAUCUAUUAAAAGUAGAAGUAGAGGAACUUCUAUUACAAAAACCCCAAAAUAAAAAGUCAUAGAUGUUUUGAGUCCAAUAUAAGAAGUUGAUAAAGAAUUUGAAUUAGCUUAAUCAGCUAAAAGAAAGAAGGAAGAAUUUUCUAUGUUUUAAUAGUUUUAAAAUUUAUAAGAAUCAAUGGAUGAUUAAUAUCAAAUAGAUAACAAUAUAAGUUUUGCUUCUUUAGAAUAAAAUGAAUGUGAAAUAUGGAAGAAAAUGGAAAGACUAGACAAAUUAUCUAAACCAAUUAAAAUGAUGAAUAAUAAUUAAAAGAAAUGA